AUGGUCGACACACCUGACUUCAUCGAUUGGUCAGAUCAGAGUAUUUCCUUCAGUAGGGCGGAUCACCCGAAAGCCGUUCCGAGGCCUGGCCACGCAGCCCUUGUUCUUGAAGCACAGAUCGAAGGAUACAAUAUGAGCAAAGUCUUCAUGGAUGGAGGAAGUGGUUUGAACUUAUUGUUUGCCAGCACCAUGAGAGCAAUGGGUUUAACAGUCGAUAUGUUAAGAGAAUCUGAUACAGGAUUCCACGACAUUAUACCGACUCGACCCGCCUAUUCUCUUGGAAAAAUGUCAUUGGAUGUGGUCUUCGGCACGCCUAGCAAUUUCAGGAAAGAGAAGAUCGAGUUCGAAGUAGUCGAUUGGGAGUCUCAGUAUCACGCCAUCCUAGGCAGGCCCGCGUUUGCCAAAUUUAUGGCCGUGCCCCACUAUGCUUACUUGAAGCUGAAGAUGCCAGGCAACAACGGGACCCCAAUAACUGUCCAUGGGACCUUUGCUCGAUCAGACAACUGCGACCGGGAGUUCCAGAAGAUAGCCUCGAAGUUCGGAGCCAAGGAAGAGCUCAACGCAAUUGACGCCGUUACAGAUCACACGCAACCACCAGCCGACAAUCGUAAUGAGAGAUCCGAUGAGUUUGACGCUGCAAAGGAAACCAAGAAGCUACAGGUGCAUCCUGCAGACCCGGAGAAAAUCGUCAACACGUCGGCUGACCUUACUGAUGCAUAG